GCUGGUUGCGUGUACCUGGUAACCGCAGGACGUCAACACUAAGUACACAAAGAAACGCUUUCUUGUCUAUAUUACGCUACAAGUUCAGAGCGAUAAGAAGCGCUACUAAGAUCUCCCAGGAGCUAUCACUAGCGUCUAUAAUCAAGCCUCAGUCACACGCUCAAACGUCAAGGACUGUCUUACAGAGUCUGAGAUCAACUAACCUAAACUACUAUGGAAGAACAAACUGCCUCUGUUCCCACACUGUGCACGGCCGGCUGUGGCUACUUCGGAAACUCGGCUACUGAAGGUCUGUGUAGCAAGUGUUUUAGAGACCAGCAGAGGAGAAAACACACCCAGGCCACCUCCAGUGGGUCUAGUCGACUGCCACCCUCCUACCAGCACCAACAAUCACCACCUCGGAUCGAAAGUCAAGCUCCCUCUGUUGCCAUGGGUGACUCGGACCUGAGUGCCACGCCCCUUUCUGACCUCCCAGCCUCGCCCACUCCCCCGCCCGCCACCUUAACCGAGGCGUUGCCGGAGGAAAUGGAUAAAGCAACUUCACCAAAAAAGAAUCGCUGUUUCUCGUGUCGCAAGAAAGUCGGACUAACUGGUUUCAACUGUCGGUGUGGCUACCAGUUCUGCUCCCUACAUCGCUAUGCCGACAAACACAAUUGUUCCUUUGACUACAAAUCCGCCGGUCGCGAGGAGUUGGAACGCAAACACCCACGCAUUGUGGCGGACAAGGUCCAGAGGCUUUAACGUCAUGACCUCUGACCUCUCAGGAACAUAAUAUUCCUCUCACACCUAAUGCAAUUAGGGACUGUUUUGUGUGUUUACUGUAAAUCAAUAAUAAUUGCUUAUGAUUAGUUUUAUUAUUCUUAUUAUUGUAAUUGUAAUUAUAUAGUGCUGCUGUGUUGAUGUACGUGCACGGCUGUCACAGUGCAUGUGUGGGCGUACACACAAACACACGUGUGAAGAUAAAGUUGUUAUAAUUUUGUGA